AUGAUUGGCUUCAUAUCCUUCCGAAUCGGGCAAUCGACUAUUCAUGGUUGGUUAAAAAAAACUUACACUUCAUUUAACUUUGCAGACAUUUUCCUCUCUAUUUAUUUACAGUAUUUUUCUUUCUUUUUUCUCUUUCUCUUCUUUAUUGCCGAUUUAUGUCUCUUUCUUUACUUUUCCUCUAUUUUUAUAUUGUUUCUUUUUUCUCUUCUUUAUUUUCUUUUACUUCCACAUUUUUUACCUAUUAAUUCUUUCGCUCAUUUCGAAUUUGCACUUCCUUUUCUUUUCUGCCUUUCUUUGAAAAUUUUCUUCAUUUUUCACUAUCAAUUACAAUUUAUCUUUUAUUUUUUUCCUUAUAUAAUAUCCUCUUUCCUUUGUUUUUGCUUCUUAUUUCGUUUUGUUUGCUUCUUAUUUAUCUUCCUACUUGUUCUUUCCUUUUUCUUGUUUUUUUUUAUUUUUCCUUUUUCGUUUUUUCAUUCUUGCCUUUUUCCUUUUACUUAUUUCUUUUUUGUUUUUUAUCCUUUCUGUUUUAAAAUGAAUUCGCAAUUGAUUUUCUUCUUGAUUCCUUUUUUCUUUCAUUUUUAG